AUGUCAGACCCACUCCAGGAUUGCACAGAGAAUGUGCCCGAUGACUUUAUCGCAGGCCCAUCAUUUGAAAUGGGAUCAGAUAUGGUUGAUGCAAUGAGUGUUGGUGGAGACUCACAACAGCGUGCAGAUUCAGAUUCCAGCAUGGCAUCUCACGGUCCCACACCACCUACUCUGCCCUCGCUUGCAGCAGUACCUUCGGUUCACUCUGAUCUUGAUACAUUCAAGAUGGAGUAUCAUCCACAUUCUGGUUGCGCAACCUCUAUAGAGACUUUCUCUGCAUUUGGACGCAAGCAAGACCAACAGCCGCCCAUUGUCGACAAAGAACCCUGGCAGCCAUUCAGCUGUCGUGCAGACUUCAAGUUUGCCAAACUUGCACACAAUGCUGCCCUGAACAAGGACCACAUGGAUGAGCUGUUGCGGCUCAUCUGGAGAAUUGCUAAUGGUCAAGCAAAACUCACAUUCAAGUCCCACCGCGAUGUUUCUUCCGCCUGGGACAGGGCGGCUGGUCAGAUGACACCUUUCAAAAAACAUACUAUCACUGUCCAGCAUAAACGGGAGGACCUCCCAUUUGAUGUAUAUACACGCCCAUUGUGGGACCGGGCCUUGGACUUAUUACAGGACCCAUUACUGGCGCCACACUUUGUUUGGGAUGCACAGCAGUUGUAUAAACACGAUGGGACACAUUACGAGCAUUUCUUUCAUGAACCUUGGACUGCGGAUCAUUGGUGGAACGUCCAAACAAGACACAUCUUUCUUCCAUGGGCACGGUCAAAGCUUACCUGGUCUUCGCUCGAUGUGGGAACUUACCCUGUUCACAUCAGAAAUACUGACGGGCUUGGUGGUGGGCGGAUGGUUGGUUGGCUACUGAUAGUUCCUGAUGAUUCCGAAGAGGAUGGCAAACUGACAUACGGGUUUCUCAAGCUACUCGAAACCAUAAUACUCUACGCCAAGACAGGAACAAAUGUCUUCUGGCAGAUCCCAAAUUCCAACCCUCACGAAACGAUUUUGCAGGACCACCUCCAUGUGUAUCAUAUACGGGAAUGGGGGAAACAUUUAUUUGGCGAGCUCAAACGACAUGCAGCAGCUCUGGGAUGCAGCGCAGAGAAGAAGAUUGACAACCAUGACAGUAACAAACUUCAGGGACAUUUCCAAGAUGAUGAAGCUGGCUAUGAGCUUCUACGGUGCAUAGCUAGCUACCUCCAUAUCAACAUCACAAUCGAAGCAGGAAAAGCUGAGGUUCUGAAGUUUCAGACGCAUUUAGAGAUGCACACCUCAAAGCACAUCUUUGAUGACAUCAUCAUGAAAGGUGCCGCCCGCAACUUCAGUACUAGACCGAACGAGAAGCAGCACGAACUGAUCAAGCAUUGGUAUCUACAGCAGACCAAUCGUAAGGAUAUUGCUAAUCAGAUACUUGAACUUGAUCAUAAGAGCUUUGUUGCUGAAUUCAUUCGCAGCCGUAUUGUGAAUCUUACCAGCCUAGCACAAGUGGAGGAAGACAACAGGUCAAAUCGCGCCUUUGACCAGUUCAGGAAGAAGCUUGUGACAUUUCUGAAUCACUUCCUGCCCUCCCACCACAUACCAUUACCAGAUGGAAUAAGGUGGUUGAAAAUUUCACCACAAGACCAGGUUCAUGAACAUUGCUACCUCAAAGUCCACUAUGAGUCUACUACUACCUGGAAGUUGGCCACCGACUAUCUGCAAUGCAGUCCAAGUUUUCAUGGCCACGAGCGUCGUGACUGCGCUCUAAUCCACACCCAGGACAAGGACGGCAAUGAUAAAAAUAUCUUUGUCAAGUUAUUGUUCGUGUUCAAGCAUACUGUCGGCAAGCGCACCUUAGAUCUCGCUUUGGUUCUUCCCAUGGAUGCUUCACCACGUUGGCGCCUCCUAGAUCAAGACCUGCAACUAACUCAUCUACGUGCAUGGCCCGCAGCUUCAUCUGAAUUUAUCACUCUUCAUUCAAUUAUUCACGGGGCUUUACUUGUCCCAGAUUUUGACAACCAUGGGGAUUAUUUUCUUGUCGACUAUGUGGAUACUGACAUGUUUCUUCGUGUCCAAAGGAACCUUAUUUAG